UUCAAACCCCAGACUCUAAUCCAAUCCUUCACUCUUCACUCUCUCUGAGUUCCAAACACAAUGGAAGCUGUGACUAUCGCUUCCCAAUUUUCACCGGCGACGGGAGUCCGGCUAUCAUCACCGGCGAGCUGCCGUUCGUCAGCUCCCAAACGGACUCUGAGUUUUUCGCCGUCUCCGAAAUCUUCUCUAUCGACGAGCUUUAUCUCCCCAUUCGUUGGCGGUAGUGUACUCGCGGACUUCUCGGGUCAUAGAAUUCGACCCGAUUCUCUUCGCCCUUCUUCCUCUAGCUCUCGCCCCAAACGUGGCGUUGUCACUAUGGUUAUUCCUUUCUCAAGGGGAAGUGCAUGGGAACAACCUCCUCCAGAUUUAGCAUCUUACUUGUAUAAGAAUCGAAUAGUUUACUUGGGCAUGUCUCUAGUUCCAUCAGUGACGGAAUUGAUACUAGCUGAAUUUCUUUACCUUCAGUAUGAGGAUGAGGAAAAGCCAAUCUAUCUUUAUGUAAAUUCUACUGGCACAACCAAGGGUGGUGAGAAGUUGGGUUAUGAGACAGAGGCUUUUGCUAUAUAUGAUGUUAUGAGAUAUGUCAAGCCACCUAUAUUUACUCUCUGUGUUGGAAAUGCAUGGGGAGAAGCUGCCUUGCUUUUAGCAGCUGGUGCAAAAGGAAAUCGUGCUGCAUUGCCCUCAUCUACAAUUAUGAUUAAGCAGCCAAUUGCUCGGUUUCAGGGUCAAGCAACAGAUGUCGAGCUCAUGAGGAAAGAAGUAAAGAAUGUCAAAGCGGAAUUGGUGAAAUUGUAUUCAAAGCAUAUUGGAAAAUCACCUGAGGAGAUUGAAGCAGACAUAAGACGUCCGAAGUACUUUAGUCCUAGUGAAGCAGUAGAAUAUGGAAUUAUUGAUAAGGUUCUAUACAAUGAGAGGGGAAGAGAAGAUAGAGGAGUUAUAUCUGAUCUAAAGAAGGCCCAACUUAUCUAAAAGUAGUCAAAAGUCCCAUCAGCCAUGAAACCACAGGAUUGAGGUUCAGGGUUACAUUUGGCACCUACCUUUCACCGGCAAUUCAUCAACAAGGCUAUUUCUCGUUGUGAGCACUCCCUUUUAUCCACAGAUUUCCUCGAACUUUGUGUGAGGUCCCCAAUUGUGACAGCUAUUGUAAUUGUUUUAUACGGAUCUUAGUCACUUAGAUUCUGCAUUCUGUGUUAGCUCAGCGGAAUAUCUUAUAGAACGCGUGUAAAGAUUGGAGCUAUUUAGACAGUUUAGUUCUUAGAUGUUCCAACAUUUCAGUAUGAUAUUUCAACUGCAAGUCUCUGUACACCAAUUUUUAAGUGGAGACCUCAGAAAGGCAAAACAAUGAGACUGAUAUUUCGUUGUUGAAUGAUGAAGCAUCAAUUACUUCAUUUA